GCCCCGGGAGCGGGGGUGUCGCCCAGCAAGCAAGCAAGGCAGGAAGGCUCCCGUCCCGUCCCGUCGUCGCGGCACUGCCCGGAGAGCAGGAGGAGGUCGCUGUCCCUCAUCGUCCCUUCCUCGAGCUCUCCCUCCUCCACCGCACUCACGGCGUCAGCAUCAGCAUGGCCAUCUCCUCACGUCUGGCCCUGUGGGAGCAGAAGAUAAGGGAGGAGGACCGCAGCCCCCCACCCUGCUCUCCACCCCCGCUCUUCUCGGUCAUUCCGGGGGGCUUCAUCAAACAGCUGGUGCGGGAAACCGAAAAGGAGUCCAAAGAAGCAAAACUGAAAGAUAAAAUUACGUUGAAUUCUAAGGAAGAUCCUCCAGGGAAGCAGGUCGAAGGAACCGUCCAGAGGUUUGUGACCAAGGAUGCCAACAUGAUGCAAGACGGGAAGGAUGUGGCCGGGCAGGGGGAGCUGCCCCCAGGCCGGCUGGGUGGCGAGAGGCCCGCGGGGGGAGGCCUGGCUGAGGCCCAGGAGAGGAAGCCCCCGCCUCCCGAGGAAGCCUCCCAGAGGGGCAGCACCAAGCAGCCGGGACCUCCUGCGGUUCAGUCUGCGCCAGCUGCCCCCAAACCAGGGGAGCAAACACACCCCAACUCCUCCCAGCCCUCCCAGGUCCCUGCUCCAGAGCAGAACAAAAACGCCGGCUCAGGGGAUGCCAAAGCUGAUAUAGAAGCAGUGAAGAAAGGCAGCUUACUCUGGAGUAGGCGCUUCGGACAGCCCAGGAAAGAGAACGGGAUGCAGAAGGCCAAGGAGGAGGUCCAGAGCGGGCAGGGCAGCAAAGGGAAGGCCGUGGAAAAGGGGAAAGAGUCGGAGCACACCUGGGAGAAGUUGGGGGAGGCUGGGAAGAGGCUGGCGGGAACCAAAGAGAAGCCAGCGAAGGGUGGGGGGAAGCCGUCUGGAGAAGCCAAGCAGGAAACGGCAGCAGCAGCAGCAGCGGGAGACUCUGCGGAGGCGAAGGAGAAGCAGGGAGGAAGCGGAAGGCGGCCAGCAGAGCCCCAGGAGAAGCCCACUCAAGCGAGAGGAACCAAGAAGCCAGAACCAGCCGUGGGAGCUCCAGAAGGGGAGAGGAAGGAGAAAGGGGCUGAAACCCAGCAGGCAGCGGGAGAAGAAGUCCCUCAGCAAGGCCCCACUUGUGAACAGGGACCGGCGGACACCUGGUAUGAGGCAGAGGCGGUCUGGCUAGUCCAGAAGGAGGGAUUCACUCGAGCCACAGAACUUAAGCCAGAUGUUGGGACUCCAGAGCUACCUCAAGGGAGAGUCCGGGUUCGAGUGGAAGCAGAUGGCUCUGUCAUCGAGGUGGAUGCAGAAGACAUCCAGAGGACCAAUCCUUCCAAGUUCGACUACGCGGAAGACCUGGCCUCUCUGACCUCCCUGAACGAGUCCAGUGUCCUCAACACGCUCCAGCACCGGUUCCAGUCGCAGCUGCUUUACACCUACGCUGGUGCCAACCUGAUAGCCAUCCGGCCCACUUCCUCCGUGACCAGCUGCUCGAAAAAGGUGUUCAAAGGCAAGCGGGACGGGAUGCCCCCCCACAUCUUCUCUGUGGUCCAGAGAGCUUACUGGAGCCUGCUGACGCAACGGCAGGAUCAGACCAUCAUGCCCCUGGGCAGGAGCGGGGCCGGCAAGACCACCUGUUGCCAGCAGGCUCUAGAGUAUCUGGUGGCCACUGCAGGCAGCGUGGACAACCGAGUCACAGCGGAGAAGGUCCAGGCCAUGUUCACGGUGCUCAGAGCCUUUGGAACGGUGUCCAGCAGCCACAGCGCAGCCGCCAGCCGCUUCUCCAUGGUCAUGGCCCUGGAUUUCAGCGCCACCGGCCAAAUCACAGCUGCUCACCUGCAGACGAUGCUGCUGGAGAGGAUCCGUGUGGCGCAGCAGCCGGAGGGAGAGAGCAACUUCCGGGUCUUCUCCCAAAUGCUGGCAGGGCUGGAUCUGGACCAGAGGACAACUCUGCACCUGCACCACGUGGUGGAGAGCAACGUUUUUGGCAUCCAGCCAUGCCUGAAGGGUGAAGAGAAGCAGAAGGCCUCGGCUGCGUUCUCUCAGCUCCAAGCUGCCCUGGAGGCCCUGGGGAUCACGGCAGAGGAACAGAAGGCCCUUUGGCGAGUCUUGGCAGCUAUUUACCACCUGGGAGUUGCAGGAGCGUGCAAAGUCGGCAGGAAGCAGUUUAUGCGGUUCGAGUGGGCCAGCAAGGCGGCCGAAGUGCUGGGCUGCGAGUUCGAGGAGCUGACAACCUCCAUUUUCAAGCACCACCUCAAGCGAAUUAUUGAGCAAGUCACCUCUGGAUCUCGGAGACCGCUCAGCCAAGACGAGGAUCAGUCCGAGGGCCCCAAGAUGAGUGGUGUGGAGUGCGUGGAGGGAAUGGCUGCCGGACUCUAUGAAGAGCUCUUUGCAGCUCUCGUGUCUCUGAUCAACAGGUCCUUCUCCUCAAACCAUCUCUCCAUGGCGUCCAUCAUGGUCGUGGACACCCCUGGCUUCCAGAACCCCCGCCACCAUGGGAAGGCGAGGGCCGCCACGUUUGAAGAGCUCUGCCACAACUAUGCUCAAGACCGGCUACAGAUGCUCUUCUAUGAGAGAACCUUUGUGUCCACACUGGAGAGGUAUCGACAGGAAAAUAUUGAGAUGGCUUUUGAUCUGCCUGAUCUCUCUCCUGCAACUACGGUGGCUAUUAUGGAUAAAAACUCAUCCAAGGGUCACAUCUCAGCUGGGGGCCAGGGGGAAGAGCCCAAGGGCCUGCUCUGGAUUCUGGAUGAAGAGGCCUUGAUCCACGGCUCGAGUGACAGUUCCGCGCUCGAUCGCCUGUGCUCUUACUUUGUGAAGGACGGGCUGCGUGAUGAAGAACAGGGAUUCCUCCGCAAGUGUGAGCAGCCGCUGCAGUUUGAGAUCUCUCACCAGCUUGGCCACGAUCCAGUCCGCUACGACGCCACUGGCUGGAUAGCCAAAGCCAAGUGGAACCUCUCUGCCGAAAAUGCCAUUCAGAUCCUGCAGCAGUCCAAAAUAGAGACUCUGAAGAAGCUGUUUCUGCAGCGGUCCAAAAUGCCCCUGGUGUGCCGGUCGGUGGCUGGCCUGGACGGGAGCUCCCAGCAAACCCUGCAGCGGGUGGGCAGCGUGAGGAAGACCUUUACCAGCAGCUUUGCGGCCGUGAAGAAGAAAUCCGUGUGUGCCCAGAUCAAACUUCAAGUGGACGCUCUUGCUAACCUGGUGAAACGAUCCCAGAUCCAUUUUGUCCAUUGCCUCAUCCCAAGAAUGGAGGCGGGUGGGAUCAAAGAGAAGCCACUGCAAACUUCUGGGGUGCCGGGGGCAGCUGGGUGGGAUGUACCGGCGAUGCGAGUCCAGCUUUCUGGGGGCCAGAUCCUGGAUGCCUUGAGGAUCUACAGAGCAGGAUAUGCGGAUUGCCUGGCGCUGACUCAGUUCCGGCGCCGCUUCCAGAUCCUCGCUCAGCCUGUGAUGAAAAAAUACACCUCUGCCUAUGAGACGACGGAUGAGGACAAGGCUCUGGAGGAGCUUUUCCAGGCUCUUGAUUUGGAGAAGAAAAGCAUUGCCGUGGGCCACACCCAGGUGUUCCUGAAGGCCGGGCUCAUCUCCAGGCUGGAAAAGCAGCGGGAGAAGCUGGUCUCCCCCGGCCUGACUCUCCUGCAAGCCGCCUGCAAAGGCUUCCUCUCCCGGCAGCAGUUCAAGAGGCUGAAGAUCCAGCGCCUGGCCAUUCGCUGCAUCCAGAAGAACGUGGCCGUGUUCCAAGCUGUGAAGACCUGGCCCUGGUGGGAGUUGAUGUGCCGAGUUCGACCACUGCUGAGUGCCAACCUUCAGGAAGGCCAGCUGAGAGCCAAGGAGGAGGAACUCGCAGCGCUCAGAAAGAAGCUGCAGGCCUUGGACCUGUCCCGCCAGGAGCUUCAGCAGAACACGGAGGUGCUGGAGACAAAGAUUGUGGAUCUCACCACGGAGCUGUCGGACGAACGCUUGAAAGGAGACGUGGCCUGCCAGGUGCUGGAAGCGGACCGGGCUGACCGGCUGCGAGGGGUGCGAGAACUCAAAGAGCUGCAGAGCAAAUAUGACCAGCUGCAGAAGAAAAUGGAGCUUGCAGAAAAGCAGUUGGAGGAAACGCAGCAGGAGCUGCAGGUCCGUGACCUCGAAGUCCGAAACUCUGGGAAAGACGGCGAGUGGCAGAUGCGCUUGGACUGUGCUCAGACGGAAAUUGGGUUUCUCCGGAAGAGGGUCUCGCAGCUGGAAGAGAGGCUGGAGUCGGAGCGCAGCUCCAAGCAAGAGCUGGAACAGAAGCUCGGUGAGGCCCAGAAAGCGUACGAGGCUGCCAGGCAGGGCACCCAGAGGCUGAAGAGGAAGUGCAAGCAGCUGACCUGUGACCUGGAAGACACCCGAGUCCUGAUGGAGAGCCAGCAGAGCCGCAGCCAUGAGCUGGAGAAGAAGCAGAAGAAGUUUGACAUGCAGCUGGCCCAAGCCCUGGGAGAGUCGGCCUUUGAGAGAAGCCUGCGCGAGAAAGUGGCCCUGGAGAACACCGGCCUGCAGUAUGAGCUGGCAAAGCUGCAGCAGCGCUUGGAGGAGAAAGAAUUGGAAAACGCCAACCACAGCCAGCGGCUCGCAGUGCUGGGCGCCCGAGUGCAGGAGCUCAGCUCCCCCAGCAGCCUGGACCACAAGGCAGUGGCCACGCUCAAGAGGCAGCUCUGGGACCUGGAAUCCAGCACUACCGAGCAGCAGCACCAGCUGAGCAGCCAGGCGGGCACCAUUGAGCAGCUGGAGCAGCUGCACCUGCGACUCGAACUGGAAAUCGAGCGGAUGAAGCAGCUUCACCAGAAGGAGCUGGAGGACAAGGAGGAAGAGCUGGAGGACGUCCGGCAGUCCUGCCAGAAAAGGCUUCGCCAGCUGGAGAUGCAAUGUGAGCAGGAGUGCGAUGAGAAGCAGACAAUCCUCUGUGAGAAGCAAGACCUGGAGGGCCUUAUUGCCAAUGCUUACAGCAGAUUGGCCACCGAGACUUUGACGUGGAGAAGAGGCUCCGGCCUUCUGCUGGCCACCGCUGGGGGAGACACCGGCCCGCUGGGGAGCAAAGAGGAGGUGGAGAAGCUUCGCAGGCUGCAGGAUUUUACCUCCGCCCACAUGCAGAGGGAGAAGAGAGCUGGUUUUGGAGGGGGAAAAUGCUUGCAGAGAGCUCAGAAGCGUUCAGUAGGUCAGGCCCAGAAGGGAAAGAAGCCUGUUUGUCAGGUGCUGUCUCUGGUGCUGAUCUGCAAACUGCAGUCCGUGCUACGCAGGAAACUCCGCCUGGUGAAUGGCUGCGAUCUUCACCAGUUGCAUUGGGAAGAGAGUGAGGCCAGGUGUGUGGAAGCCCACAAGUCGCACGAACUGCUGGCGCAGGAGCUGGAGAGCAGGCACGCAGAGCUGGAGGCCAUCAGCCGGAACAAGAAUGUGGUGGAUGAGCAGCUGUAUCAGCUGCAGCACGAAAGGGCCGAUCUCCUGAAGCGCAUCGAGGAAGACCAAGAAGACCUGAAUGAACUGAUGGCCAAGCACAAGGCUCUGAUUGCUCAGUCUGCCACAGACAUUGCGCAGAUCCAAGAGUUGCAGGCACAGCUGGACGAGGUGAAGAAAGAGAAGAGCAGCCUGCAAGAGAAACUGCAGGCGGCUCAGACCCGGCUGGCCUACUUGGAGCAGUCGAUGGUGGAGCGGUCCAUCGUCAGUCGCCAGGAGGCCCUGAUCUGUGACCUGGAGAACAAGAUGGAGUUCCAGAGGGUUCAGAUUAAGCGCUUUGAGAUGCUGGUCCUGCGUCUCCGGGACAGCGUGAUCAAGGUGGGGGAGGAGAUGGAGAAGGCAAAGGAGGCGGAAGUGCGAGAGAAGGAGAACGCCCGCUACUACCAGCUGCGGAUGGAGGAGAUGAAGGCGGACAUGACGGAGCUGGCGCAGAGGGAACUGGAAGCCAAUCGCAGGCGGGUGGAGCUGGAGAAGCAGGUGGGUGAGCUGUCUGCUGUGAGACAGACGCUACAAGCAGACCUGGAGACCUCCAUCCGGCGCAUUGCAGACUUGCAGGCGGCUCUGGAGGAAGUGCAGUCAAGUGAUGAAAGUGACACAGAGAGUGUCCAGACUGCUCGAGAAUCACUCAGCUCGAAGCAAGAGACCGAGAGCCAGCUGAGCUUGGGGUCCAGUUGGAGCUUGAACCUGGAGCCUGAAGGAAGCGUCCAGUCGUGGUCAGCUUCGGGUUGGUCCUCUCCAUCAGGCACGAGUCUGGCUGGAACCUUCUCGAGACAACCUGCAGACAGCCGCAGUGCGCAGAGCCUGAGGAUAAACAAGGAUCUCAGCUGGAGCCCCCCGGCGUCGUCUUCUUUGAGUGUUAAAAGACAGGAAUAUGGACGAAAUGCCCGGGAGGAGGAUUUGGGCAACAGCGUCACAAGCCCUUCCCUGGGUGCUCAGAGGUGGGAAUAUGGGAAGCUCCUUCCCAGAGAGGACUCUGACGUGCCCAGAAAAUUAGGCCCUGUCUCUCCAUCCAUGAUGAGAAAGAGGUCGUCUCCAGUGGCGUCUGCAGAAGGAAAACUGGCAAGUCCCGUGUCCCCAUCUGUGAUUAGAAGGAUGUCUCCUUCAGCUGAGGGCAAAUUGUCACACUCUUCAUCGGCCCUCUCUGAAUAUGUGGAAGAGCUGCGGAGGCAGAGGUUGAAAGACAAAGAGCCGGGAGUCCUGGCACUGGAUGAGGCUUCGUCUUUGCCCAUUUACCAAACGACGGGGGCCUCGUCCCUGAGAAGGUGCCGGACUUUGCAGGAGGAGGACGAUUUCCCAGUCAGACCAGACAAACUUGGGGAAAGUGUUGGAGCAGGCCUGACCCGGUCUUCCAGUUUGCGAAGCAUCUCCUCCGAGGGUGGGAUUCGACCAGCCCCCUCGCCCAUUCUGAAGAGGGUCUCCAAGUUUGGUUCCUGUGACUCCCUCAAUCAGAACGUAGAUGAGGCACACUCAGAACUCAGUUCCUCGGCCCCAAGAGGGGAAACGUCCAGCGCUUCGAGGCAUAAGCCAUGGAGGAGCCACCUGGAAGGAACCGCGGAUAUGGACCUGGGCACGGAUCCUCUGGUGUUUCAGAGCAAGAGAUUUGGAGAUGCUGCGAGCAAAGGAAAGGAAAGCGGCCCGUUCUCUUGGGAAAUACCUACGCUAAGCUACGAAAGAAAGACAAACGUUGACUUUGAUGAUAUUCUUCCGGCCAUCCGGAAAGCCCAGUCAACCAGCAGCCUCUCCCGAGGCCCCAAGGAAAGGAAGGAAGGUCACAGGCCCAUGAGCGUCCACUUUGAAGACCAGGUCUCCAGUGGCCGCACUUUCUUCUCUGAGACCCCCGUUUCGCCAGGCCUGAGACGCAAAGAGGACCCUGGAAACCUCUCAGAUUCUUCCUCCUCUUCCGGCUCUGUGGUGUCGUUCAAAAGUGCCGACAGCAUCAAGAGCAGGCCGAGCAUCCAGAGGCUGGAAGGGGAAGGGUGUGUUGAGAAAGCCAACGCUGCAGUCGCCAAAGAUGGGGGACGGUCCGAGGCAGACGGGAAGGAUGACGACGUCAACAGCAUCAUGAUGAAAUACUUGAAGAAAGAGUAAGGGGUCAAAACAUCAACCCAAGCAGCAUCGAAGAUGGAUCCGCUUGGACCGCUCUCCCCCACAGGCCGGGCUUUCUGUCCCCCCAGCCCUGCCUGGGCCUUUGACCCAAAGGUGCAAGAUGUGUGACAGACACAGCAGAAGCUGGUUUGGGAGCUCUCUGUGUCUCUUGCAAAAUAAAACAUUUGCUUAAUGGA